AUGUUCAGAAACAACUAUGACAACGAUUCGGUGACCUUCUCGCCGCAGGGCCGUAUUUUCCAGGUCGAGUAUGCAUCAGAAGCUGUCAAGCAAGGCUCAGUGGUGGUUGGAAUCGCCAGCAAGACACAUACCGUGCUAGUAGCACUUAAGCGAAAUGCAGAAGAACUCUCCUCCUACCAGAAAAAAGUAAUAGGCAUAGACUCGCACGUCGGUAUCGCCCUCGCCGGCCUCGCCUCCGACGCCCGCGUCCUCUCCAACUUCAUGAAACAGCAAGCGCUCGCAUCUAAAAUGACCUACGGCCGUCCCAUACCCCUCGAACGCAUGGUCACCCAGAUCGGCGACCGCGCUCAAACAUCUACACAAGUCUACGGCAAGCGGCCUUAUGGCGUUGGUUUGCUGGUUGCUGGGGUCGACGAGACGGGACCGCAUCUGUUCGAGUUCCAGCCCUCAGGGAUGACGCAGGAGAUGGUGGCUUGUGCGAUUGGGGCGAGAAGUCAAAUGGCCAGGACGUAUCUGGAGAGGCAUCUAGAGGAAUUUGCGGACUCCAGCAGGGAUGAGCUGAUCAAACAUGGGCUGAGGGCGCUGAAGGAGAGCUUGAGUCAAGACAAGGAGCUGACGAUUGAUAACGCCAGUGUGGGGGUCACGGGCAUGGCGAGUGAUGGGAAGAGGAAGACGGAGAGCUUCAAGUUGUAUGAUGGGUCUGAGGUGGGACCGUUGUUGGAGGCUGCUUUGGAGGGUGCAGAGCCGGCUGCUGAGACGAGGGUGGCCGAGGGUGGUGAAGGCGCAGAUGCUGGUGAUAGCAUGGAGGUGGACACAUAG